CGGACGCGGCGGUGCGGGCGGCGGGGACCUACCGACUAGAGACGCGCUGGUGGCGGCGAGGACCGAGAGCGGGGCGAGGCCAUGUCGGACCUGGGCUCGGAGGAGUUGGAGGAGGAGGGAGAGAAUGAUCUUGGGGAAUACGAGGGGGAGCGGAAUGAGGUAGGUGAACGACACGGACACGGGAAAGCAAGACUGCCCAAUGGGGACACGUAUGAAGGGAAUUAUGAACACGGGAAAAGACACGGCCAGGGGGUCUACAAAUUUAAAAACGGUGCUCGGUACAUUGGAGAAUACGUUAACAAUAAAAAGCAUGGUCACGGCACUUUUAUAUACCCAGAUGGAUCAAGAUAUGAAGGGGAGUGGGCGGACGACCAAAGGCACGGUUACGGCAUCUACUACUACGUCAAUAACGACACCUACACGGGGGAGUGGUUUGCUCACCAAAGGCACGGGCAAGGCACCUAUUUCUACGCAGAGACGGGCAGUAAGUACAUAGGUACCUGGGUGAAUGGACAGCAAGAGGGUGCGGCCGAGCUCAUUCACCUGAACCACAGGUACCAGGGCAAGUUUUUGAACAAAAACCCUAUAGGCCCUGGAAAGUACGUGUUUGAUAUCGGAUGUGAGCAGCAUGGGGAGUACCGUCUAACAGAUAUGGAAAGAGGAGAAGAGGAGGAGGAGGAGGAGACGACAAUGAUGACCGUGGUUCCAAAAUGGAAAGCCACCAAAAUCACAGAACUGUCUCUGUGGACCCCAACCCUCCCCGAAGAGCAGCCACCUACGGACGGGCCUGGCCCAGAAGAGGCUCCAGGAACCGAGGGUGGCGGGGAGCUCUCGGAGGAGGGCCAGGCUCUGGCAGAUGUUUCUGAGGGGGAGACUGACUCCAUGAGGCCUGGGGAGGACGAUGGAGAUGGCUCCAGGGAGGAGGGCCGAGAGAAUUUCCGAUAUGACACCAUCGACCAGGAUGUGGUGCUGGAUCCACGAGACAAGGGCAGGUGGAGAUCUGACCUUUGACCCCAUAUCUAUGUGUCGGAGUGCUGGGUCUGGAGGCUGGAAGUCCAAACCUGAGGGCCAUGCAGAGCUCGGCUAGCCCGGAAGCUGUAGGGGAGGACAAGUCCUUGCAGCUCCUGGGGGCCCCGGUGCUCCUUGACUACCUGACACCUCUUCGUCUGUAUCAUCACAUCUCCUUCUGUCUCUCUCUUGUAAGGGCCCUUGAGAGGCUUAAUCACCCCUGCAAAGACCCUUUUUCUGAAUAGGCAAGAUUGACAGAUUCUAGGGAUUAGGACCUGAAAUCUUUGGGACCACCAUUGUUUAACCAUAAUUGUAAUGGUUACAAUUUUUUCUAAAUCUACUGUCCCUUCUACAUUUAUUAGGCAGGAAAGUUUUGGGUUUAUUCGGUUCCCAUGAAAUACAGUCCUCCUGGGAAGACAGGAUAAAUGCUUCUUUCCUUCUCUUGAAU